AUGGGGUAUAAAAGGGCCGGGAGGGAAGAGGGUUGUCAGAUGCAGUGGCUCAGCCUUCUCAGCGGCUCUGAACCUCCUGCGUGUCCUCAGCCCACCAUGACUUCCUCCUGCAUCAGCUCACGCCACUCUCUGGGCUGCACCAACACUCCUGGAGCAAGGAACAUCUGCGUCUCCUCCACUGACGCUGGAGACCAGCUUGGGGCAGAGAUCAGUGCUGCCCUUCUGGGCCUCUCGGCCACCCUGGCACACGCCAACCGAGUCCGAGUGGGCACAACCCCUCUGGGUCGACCCAGCCUCUGUCUGCCCCACAGCUGCAACACCGCCUGUCCCUUGCCGGGGACCUGUGACAUUCCCGGCAACAUCGGAAUCUGCGGGACCUUCGGCGAAGGCUUCUUCAACAGCCAUGAGAAGGAGACCAUGCAGUUCUUGAAUGACCGGCUGGCCAGCUACCUGGAGAAGGUGCGCGGGCUGGAGCGGGACAACGCGGAACUGGAGAGCCGCAUCCGAGAGCUGAGCAAAUGCCCCGAGUCCACCGUGUGUCCGGACUAUCAGAGCCACUUCCGCAUCAUCGAGGAGCUGCAGCAGAAGAUCCUGUGCAGCAAGGCUGAGAACGCCAGGCUGAUCAUCCAAGUGGACAAUGCCAAGCUGGCUGCUGAUGACUUUAGAAUCAAGCACGAGAGUGUGCGCUCCCUGCGCCUGGCGGUGGAGGCGGACCUGUGCGGGCUGCACAAGAUCCUGGACGAUGUGAGCCUGGCCAAGGCUGACCUGGAGGCCCAGCAGGAAUCCCUGAAGGAGGAGCAGCUCUGCCUCAAGAGCAACCACGAGCAGGAAGUGAACACUCUGAAGUGUCAGCUGGGAGAUAAGCUCAAGAUUGAGCUGGACGUGGUGCCCACUGUGGACCUGGGCAGGGUGCUGGAGGAGAUGCGGGGCCAGUACGAGGCCGUGGUGGAGACCAACCUCCGUGACGUGGAGCAGUGGUUCCAAACUCAGUCUGAAGGCAUCAGCCUGCAGGCCAUGUCCUGCUCAGAGGAGCUGCAGUGCUGCCAGUCGGAGAUCCUGGAGCUUCGACGCACAGUGAACGCCCUGGAGGUGGAGCGCCAAGCCCAGCACAACCUGAAGGACUGUCUGCAGAACUCGCUGUGUGAAUCUGAGGCCCGCUUUGGCAUUGAGCUGGCCCAGAUGCAGACCCUCAUCAGCAACGUGGAGGAGCAGCUAUCUGAGAUCCGGGCUGACCUGGAGCAGCAGAACCAGGAGUACCAGGUGUUGCUGGAUGUCAAGGCCCGGCUGGAGUGUGAGAUCAACACGUACCAGAACCUUCUGGAGAGUGAAGACUGCAAACUCCCCUGCAAUCCCUGCUCUACGCCUGCCUCUAGAACCCUUUAUCCCAGCAGUGCUCUGCCUGCCUGCACUGGCACUAAGAGCCAGUUCUGA